AUGAAUAUACAAUCAUUAAAAAAAUCAUUAUUUAUUAUAUUUAUAGUUGUAUUUUUAAUAAUAUUUCUUUCGAGUAAUUUAGAUAUAACUUUAAACCAAAAUAAUAAUAAUAAUAUAGAAAAUGUAAAUUCAAUAAAAGAAAAUAAUGUAAUAGUUCAAGAUGAGUUAAAUAGUGGCAGUAGUAACAUAAAGAAUGGGAACAAAAUAAGUGACAUUAAUAAUGACAGAAAUAAUGACUUUAAUUACAAUAAAAUUGAUAGUAGCAAUAUUAAUAAUAAUAAUAUCAAUUUAGACAUUAGUAAUAAUAAUUUAGAUAUUAACUUGGAGGACGAUAGUAAAAGUGAGUCAAGUAAAGAUAACGUCAGUAACAAUAGUAAUAAUAGUAAUAAUAAAAAUGAAAAUAAUUAUGGCACCAACAACUAUUUGGCUAAAGAAGGAAACGAAUUUAGUGAAAAAGCAAUAAAAGAAACAAUCAGAAAUAACGAAGUUAUGACAUUAAGAGAAUCAGUUAUAUUAUCAAAUUAUUCAAUUGAAGAAUGUAGAAAUGAAAUUAAAUAUUUAUUAAAACACGAUAUUACAGAACCAACUAUAGCUUCACUUAAACUUGUACCAGGCUAUCCAGGCCCACGAGAAUUAUAUCACAGUAAUAAAGAGUAUUUAGACACUAAAUGGAAAACGGAACCAGAAAAGAAUUCAUUAUUACUACCCAAACCACAUAUAUUUAUACAUAUGCCAAAAACAGGAGGAACAUCAUUAUUAAAAGUAUUCAGAAAAAAUAAUAGAAAAAUCAAUUUAUAUCAUAAUACUCAGCACCCAACUUAUCCAGAGCUUCAAAAUCUUCCAUUGAGACAUACACUAUUUGGUCAUUUCAAAUUUGGUUUACAUAAAUAUUUUGAUGAAAAUAAAGAAACUCAAUUACAAUUAUCAAGUGAUAUAGUAGAACCAUAUUUAAAUCCAUACAGUUAUCUAACAAUGUUAAGAGAUCCUGUUGACCGUGUAAUAUCACACUAUUACUUUUUAAAAGAAAGUACUGGUCAUCCUUUACAUUCAGAAGCCGCAAAUAGAACACUUAUAGAAUGGACUGCAGUAUCCGAAGCUUCAAAUAACGAAUUUUGUCGUCGUAUGGUUGGUAUUGAUAGAAAUGUAGAAACUCCUGUAGAUUUUCAAGAGUUAUGUAUCCAUCGUUUAAAAUACACAUUCAAAUAUAUUGGUAUAAUGGAAAGAUUCGACGAAUCAAUCGUAUUACUAUCUCACAAACUUGGUUACACCGAUUUACUAUUCCCAAAUGAGAAUGUUGGAAAGAUUAAAAGCCACACUAAAGAUACCAUUACACCAGGUGAAAGAUCAAUUAUAGAGCGUUUAAACAUUGCAGAUAUCAGAGCAUACAAAAUUGCAUUAGAAAUAUUCGAAAAAGAAAUUGAUAUAGUUGGAAGAGAUUUCUUGAAUCAAGAGCUUAUCCAACUCAAAAAGAACUAUAUCGAGGAGUAUGGCCCAAUUGAAGUAUUUUAUAUUGGUGAUAAAUAUAAUCAAGGUAAAGGUAACAAUAAUUUCAACACCAAUAAUAGCAAUGGAAACGGCGAUGGCGGCAAUUUAAUUAGUAAUAAUAAUGGUGAAAUUAACAAUAAUAAUAAUAACGAUGGUGGUAAUUUAAACAAUAUCAAUAGCAUCGAAAGUAGUGACAAUAGUAAUAACAAUGUUGGUGGAAAUUUGAACAAUAACAACAGUGAUAGCGAUAGUGUCAGUAAUGAUUUUUAA